AAUAGACGCAUAUAUAAAGGACUCUUUUUUUUCCCAUACGUUUUUAUUUUUCUUUUAAUUUAUACUUAUUAAAAUGGCCUGUCCCUGUAGAAAAGAAGAUACAUGCUCCUGCACUAACUCUGGUGAAUGCAAGUGUGGCAACGAAUGUGCUUGUCAAAACUGCAAAGCCAAACAACACAACCAAUCUUGCUCUUGCAAAGGAUCUAACCAAGGUUGCAACUGUGGCUCUGAAUGCAAGUGCUAAAUAGCUCCUUUUUUCUGUAUUACCCCUCUUUCAUAUUUCAAAAUAAAAAUCAAACGUUGCAAAGUCACACACGCACCUAUAAAAAAAA